AUGGCGGUGAUCACCGGGCGGCCGCCGAAGCGCGUGCGGGUAACGGCGGGGCCGCGCGCGCUGGACCUGCGGGCGUUCCCGGCCGCCGGUGAGGCGCCGGCGCGCGGGGCGUUCCGCGACUGCGUGCGGGCGUUCCUGGCGCGGUCCGCGGUGCCGGCCGACGGCGCGUGGCGGGUGGCCUUCCGCGUCGGGGACGGGGGCGGAGAGGGAGCGGUCGUGGCCAUGGAGGUGGUGGAGGAGGAUGUCGCCAGGGCUGGGGACGGGCGGAUCUACUGCGAGCACUGCACCGUCGCCGGCUGGAGCAGACACCCUGUUUGUGGGAGGAGGUACCACUUCAUAAUUCGGAAUGAAUACGACGUGCAUGAGUACAAAACCUGCAAGCAUUGUGGGCAUAUGGCCCAAUUGUUUGAAACGCGGUGCCCGUCAUGCAAAAAUGGGAUCUCUUAUGAUGAUCCGGAAGAUUGGGACUAUAGGCAGUUGGAUAAUCCACGUCACUUGCUGCAUGGCAUUGUACAUGACAAUGGGUUUGGUCACCUUGUCCGGAUAAAUGGCAGAGAGGGUGGUUCUAGUCUUGUGACUGGGAUUCAACUGAUGGGUUUCUGGGAUUGGCUCUGCAAAUACCUCAGAGUCAGAAAGGUCUUGUUGAUGGAUGUCUCUAAGAAGUAUGGAACUGAUUACCGGAUCUUACAUGCCAUCACCACUGGUUAUUCUUGGUAUGGCCAAUGGGGAUUCAAACUCAGCAAAGGGAGCUUUGGAAUCACAUCAGAAGAAUACUUAAAAGCUAUAGACAACCUUUCCUCGACUCCAUUAUCACACUUCUUCCCCCACUCCCGAUAUCCUCGAAACCAGCUACAAGAUACCAUUUCAUUCUACCAAUCUCUUUCAAAGCACCCUCUCACCACAAUUCGUGAACUGUUCCUCUAUGUGCUGGGCCUUGCCACCAGCAAGAGUAUAAAUAUGCACUAUGGAUCAAUGCAUAAGGAGCAUUCACAUACCCAUGUGCAAGAGACAUGGCCUGAUGAGGAAAUAAAACAUGCAACAGAAAUUGCUAUAAAAGUUCUUCGUGCUGUCGAAAAAACAAAGUGGGUGGCCAUGCGAACCCUAAAGGCAGCCAUGUACCAUCCAAUUGGUUCACCACAGCUAGUUGACUACUGCCUCAAGACCCUUGGUACCAGAACAACUGAUGGAAUGACAGUUGCAGUCCGAUGCAACAGUGAGACAAACACCCUAGAGUACAGGCUUAUGGAUGAGCCCACUUUCCAGCCCAAUGUAUGCAUGCCAACUCAAGACCAUCUUCGCCGUGACAUAAAGUUCUUGCAUGAUGCUCUCCUCUAUCCACAUACAAUGCAUCCAUACAAACCGGAAAACUGUUAUGAGCAUGCCAAAAGGUCUGCCAUGAUCCUUUUGGACUGCAAGCAAUUCACGAAGCAUUAUGACCUGGAACAGGAGUUCUUGCCUCAAAACCCAUCCAUGUUGCACAUGUGGUGCCAAGUAGAGCUGUUAGACCAGGUUGGCGAUCCACCUUGCAUCCCACCAGAGCUCCUAACUCUUCCACAGACAGCAACUGUGGCUGAUCUGAAGGUGGAGGUAACCAGAACAUUCCGUGACAUCUAUCUGAUGUUACAGUCUUUUGUAGCCAAUCAGCUUGUUGACUGUGGAACUGCAAGUGAGUCAACUCAGCUCAAACUCUUGUUUGGAGCAAAUGGAACUGUUCGCGUCCAAGGCAGGUGUGCUGGUGGUGAACGCAGGGCUGGAAUUUACCGGAUGGAAAGAGGUGUGGAUAAAUGGACGGUCAACUGCUCUUGUGGAGCCAAGGAUGAUGAUGGUGAGAGGAUGCUGUCUUGUGACUCUUGCCAUGUGUGGCAGCACACUAGGUGUGCUGGGAUUAGUGAUUUUGAUCAGACCAUCCCUGCUUUCUUUAUCAAACCAAAUGCAGAGUAA